UUUUUUUUGGUUAAAGUUUAUCAGAUUCUAUAUAAUCCCCUCCCAAAUCCUUAAUUUACCUCUUCCCCCUUCGCUCUCGAAUCAAUCACUCACUUAUACUCUCUCUCUCUCUCUCUUCUUUAGCGUUUUUUUUGUUUUGGUUCUCUUCCUCAAUUUCUUCUUCUGCCUUUUUAACUUCUCUCUUUUUUAAUUUUUGAUCAUCAGUUUCUGUGUGUUUUGUUUUGAUAAUAAUAUUUGUUUUGAUGUGGCAAAACUCUGGUGGAUCUUGAUGUUCAAACAUUCAUGUCUCCGGUGAUUAGUGAAAUCCUUAGAUCUGGUUUAACUAUAGACUCGUCUCUUAGACGCAGGACCCAUCUUGUUCAAUCUUUCUCCGUUGUCUUCCUCUACUGGUUCUAUGUUUUCUCAUAAAUCAUCUCUCCUUUAGCCCCUUUUAUCUAUAUAUCUGUAUCUAUAUAUCUUCUAUAACCAUAAUAAUAACAUAAAACUAUAUAUUAUAUACUACUAUAUAUCUACAUAAUAACGUUCGGGUCCUGCGUCUUGUUUUUUGUGUGUUUGUUUUUCUUGUGUCGUGUGAUAUGAAUAAUAAAACUGAAAUGGCGUCGUCGACUAGUGGGAAUAGCUCGUCGACGAUAUCAAUCACCGGUUUACAAAACUCCGGUUCUGAGUCUGAUCUCCGCGGGCAACAACGAGAUCUGAUCGACGAGAGGAAACGUAAGAGGAAGCAGUCGAACAGAGAGUCAGCUAGGAGGUCGAGGAUGAGGAAACAAAAGUAUUUGGACGAUCUCACUGUUCAGGUGACUCAUCUACGUAAAGAAAACGCUCAACUCGUCGCCGGGAUCGCCGUCACCACGCAACACUACGUCACUAUCGAAGCGGAGAACGACAUUCUCAGAGCUCAGCUUCUCGAGCUCAACCACCGUCUCCAGUCCCUUAACGAGAUCGUCGAUUUCGUCGAAGCAUCAUCAUCGUCUUCAGGGUUCGGUAUGGAGACCGGUCAGGGAUUAAACGACGUCGGUGGUGGUGGAUUUUACGAUGGUGUGUUAAAUCAUAUGAAUUUAGGGUUUUAUAAUCAAUCAAUCAUGGCUUCUGCUUCUACUGCUGGUGAUGUUUUCAACUGUUGCUAAGUAGUAGUAAAUCAAAAUUUCAUAUCAUUAUUAUCAUCGUGAGAUAGACGAAUCUUAUCUGGGGUAAAGAUGUAACUUUCUUAUGUUGAUGCUCUGUUUUUAUAUUAUAAGAUGAUUAAGUAACGCUCAAUUAGAGUUUUAACUGAUUGUACUUAUAGACAGUGUAAUAUAUGUGAUGUCAUGAAGAUGGUGAUGUGAGUUUGGUAUAUAUAUAUAUUUUUAAUAAUAUAGUUUUGUCUUUUC